AUGAAAAGCGUCUUCAUGGGUACCUCAUUAAUGUUCAAUUCUGUCAGGUUUACGUUUGCGAAUGGUUAUAAAUAUUAUGUUUUGACAGUUUUAAUACCCAAAUCUUCACAAUCUGGAAUCACUUUCCCCUUGAACUUGACACAGCUGUCUGCGCAGAGUUGGCCUUCAAAGAACGAGCCGAACAUCUUCUUGCAUUGCGCACAGUUUCUCAAACAUACUCCAAGGAUGUCAUAG